GCUCUUCUUCUUUUCUCCCCAACAAGCCCCUCCCCAGCUGCCGACUUCCUCCUUGAAAAUUGGUGACAAAGCUUGGAUAUUUUCCCCUCUUUCUUGUGCAAGAACAAGCGGUGGGACUUAGAACCCUCCCUCUAAAGCUGGAAACUGCCGAUCUGCUCUGUUCUUCCUUCUCGUCGGCAAGCUGUUGUGGGUGUGUGGGUGUGAAAUUUUGGGUCUUUUCAGUAAGAAGUAACCCUGAAACUCCUCUCUUUAACCUUGAUUUAUGUUGGGUUCACCCUAACCUGGUUUGUUCUUCCAAUUUUGGGUUAAUUCCGUGAGUUCCCCUGCAGAAUUGCCGACGGCCUCUUCCCCCUGCCAGGUCCGAUUCUGCAGCUAGAAAAAUUCUAGUAUGAUGGCCACUCCUCUAAGUCCGAAUUACCCACUUAAUUGCUGCUUGUUGAAGUUUAAUCCACUUAGUGCUACCCUUGUGCUGUCCGAAAAUUAUGUUGGAAGAUAGGAGAAUUUUGAUAGGUUUAAAUGGUGUUUUUUGUUUAAUUUAAGUAGAGAUUAGCUUAAUUUGGUUGCUGUGAAUUUUAUAGAGAAAAAUCCCCAUGACUUAGCCAUUUUUGGCCAAAGCCGUGGGUCUCCAUGUUCUUAUCCGUGAGAUUGGACAAUU